AAAGAAAGGUCAUGUAGAGCUGGGAGAUGUCUCAUUUUUAUGAGAAUUUCGCGGGCUACAAUUAUGUCUCAUUAACAAAGGUUUUGGUUAUUCUAUUAGAGUUUCUGAAAAACUGGUUUUCCAGAAAACCGGGUCUUAAAGAGUCGUCAGCCGAUAUCCUUUUAGGCUUUUUAUCUACUCGAGACCCCCUAUCGAAUGAUGCAUGAACGAACGAAAUCAGAGCGGGGCACCUGGGAAUGUUCCCUCGUCAGACUAAUGAGAGUAGACGAUUCUUCUACGAAGAUUCGAUAAUUAUUUUUCUCAAAUAUUUAGGACUAUUAAUUGUUGAUUCGGAUGGAAUUCCGAUUCGAACAAGCAUGGAUAAUGCAUCAACAUUGCACUACGCCUCUCUGAUUAGUCAACUAACUGUUCAAGCAAAACGUUUAAUUCGUGAACUUGAUCCAAAUCAAGAAUUAGAACAACUAAGAUUACGUUCAUUAAAACAUGAAAUUAUUGUUGCACCUGAAAGCAAAUACAUAAUGAUUGUUAUACAAACACCAGAAGCAUUAUAA